AAUACUGAUCGUGACGGAUAUUGACGCGAUUGUUUAGAAAGCGACAUUCUGCAUCAGGAUCCCCGCAUCACACAGCAGGCACUCCAGUACAGAUUCUCUUGACAGACCCUGGUGUGAUUAAUAGCACUCAAGCCCCACUCACUCUCCCCGCCAUUCUCGUACUGAAUGCACAAGUCGACCAUACAAGGCAGCAACGCUAUUUAAUCCACCUUUUUCGUGGUCAGCAUCGCGUCCGGUUCGCUCGUCUUAUCUUAGCCCGAAUUCGCCAGCAUCUCUCAGCUUCGACCAUGUCGCUUGACGAUGGACCCGAUGGUCCUCUGGAGCACACGCUCCUGGUCGUUCGCGAAGUCUCGGUGUACAAAAUUCCUCCGCGACAGUCGUCAGGUGGUUACAAAUGCGCAGAGUGGCUCGUUGGCGACAAGAUUUGGGGGGGACGCCUCCGCGUAGUCUCCGUCGGCGACAAGUGCGAGAUUCGCCUGGAGGACAGUAAUACCGGCGAACUUUUCGCCGCGUGCCACGUGACUCCUGGUCAACGCGACGCAUCCGUCGAAGCCGCCACGGACAGCUCGCGAUACUUCGUACUUAAAAUCGACGACGGUCGCGGUCGACACGCCUUCAUCGGCCUCGGAUUCGCGGAGAGAAACGCGGCUUUUGACUUCAACGUCGCUCUUACCGAUCAUGAGAAGCACGUGCUUAACGAGAGGCAACGAGCCGACGAGGUGGCGUCAGGGGGAGCUGAGACCGCUGGAGAGGACUCGCAACCGAAACUGGACUUGAAAUUGAAGGAAGGCGAAACGAUCCGCAUCAGCAUGAAGAAGCCAUCCUCUUCCUCCUCCACGUCCACCUCCUCCAAACCCUCCUCCUCCUCCUCCGUCCGUGUAGGCAUUCUCGCCCCCCCUCCCGGCAGCAGUGGCAUAGCCCGCCUGGCGCCUCCUGGCAGCAGUGGCAGCACCGCUCGCCUGGCGCCUCCUGGUACCUCCUCCUCCUCCUCUUCUCGAUCUUCAGCGUCCGGUGGGCGUUCAGCAGCAGCAACAGGAGGAGCAGCAACAGCCGCAGCAGCAACAGGAGGAGCAGGAGGAGGGGUUUCUGCAGUUCCGGUUUCAGCUCCAGCAGGAGGGGGUCAAGUGGGAGCAUUUGCCGACUUCUCUCAGAUUCAGUCAUCCCUCCCAUCAACAACGCAACCUGCUUCGUCAAAAGCACCUGCUUCAAGCUCGAAUGCCCCAGCAGCAGCAGGAUGGGCCACGUUCUGACAUGCUGUAGGGGCAUUCCUUCGUCGACUCAAAAGCCACCUACACCCCAGCAGCAGCAGCAGCAGCAGAUGCAGCACAAUGGGCCACGUUUGGACCUGGUGAAGGGGCAAGCUCCACACAGGGUUACAGCGAUGAGGUUAUACUCUCAAGUGCCCCAGGUGGCAACUACCAUAUGUAUGGAGUAUGGACCACAACCCAUUGAUUGGCGCCAUCCAUACCUCCUUGGUGGUUGAACCUUGGACCUCCUCUUUUAUCCUGGUUGGUGUAUAAAACCUCUUGCAAUACCUGGCCUGACCUACAACGUGUUAGAUGCAGCCCUGUACAGGGAGGGCACUGUAUCAUGCUGUUGCAGAAACCGCCAACCUAC